ACAGGAGAGAGAGAGAGAGAGAGAGAGAGGUUAGGUCGGGCUAUUGUGAAUUAUUUCUGAGGUCAUAUUUCAUUAAGCAAUUUUGGUUUCCAGCUUUCAGAAGCAGACGAACGAUGUGUUUGAGUUGUCCGUCCGUUUAUGGUGUCCGUGUGUUCCCAGAUGAUUUAUAUCGAUGUUGUUCCAAGCGAUGAAUCAGGUUUUGCUCUCGUUGGUGUUUGCUGAAGUAUAUGUAUGUUUUCCGGGUUCUCUAUUCAGUAAAUGGGAAUGGCUGUUACGGGAUGUGCAUGGGAGGGGAUUUGUUCUGUGAAGUGCGGAUUUGAUUCGUGUUUUUCUUCUUUGAAGGGUAUGUGAUGAAUGGUUGGCUGUUGCUGAUCAAUUGCUCCGUGCUUCUGCUGGCCGAGUGGGAGCUGUUGUAUUGUUCGGGCUUGAGUUGAUAUUGUACGGCAGAGUGCUGGGAAUCUCUGCUGUCGAAGAGGCUGAAAGCGCGUAUAUUACAGGGAGGAGAGAUUGUAUGCUGUCUGAGUUAUGGAUAGGGGUCCAUUCGUCGCCAGCAGUGUUUUGAUCUGUACUCGUUGGAAAAUGUGCGAGGAUUUGGGUCGACGGCGGGGCCGGGCAAGAGUAGAGAAACCUCCGGAGGGUGGUGAGUUGUCAAGGACGAGAUUGACGCACACUAAUCACGAAAAAGAUGCGAUGUGAGCGAGGGAAUGACAAAACGGUUUGCAUGAAUUUUGAUUACUUCCGAUGAACAUCCUUGGCGACAGUGAGAGGUCAAUCAGGGUUCCAGUGGCCGUGUAAAACUUUCUUCGUUCUGUCUUUCGUAAAGGUAUACGUGUGCGCGCGAGCGCUAGAGAGAGAGAGAGAGAGGGAGAGAGGGAGAGAGGGAGAGAGAGAGAGAUCUUUGUUGUCUUUCCUAAGGGUAUACGUGUGCGGGCGCGCUAGAGAUAGAUAGAUAGAUAGAUAGAGAGAGAGAGAGAGAGUUACGCGCACACAGAGAGAGGGAGAGAGAGAGAGAGAGAGAGUUACGCGCACACAGAUCCUAAAGGUACACGUGUGCGCGCGUGCUAGAGAGAGUUACGCGCACGCAGCGAGCGAGAGCGAGAGAGAGAGAGAGUUACGCGCACACAGGGAGGGAGAGAGAGAGAGAGACACACAGAGAGAGAGAGAGAGAGAGAGAGAGAGAGAGAGAGAGAGAGAGAGAGAGAGAGAGAGAGAGAGAGAGGGACUGAGAUGGGGUUUUGGUUACUGCGGGUAAGGUGUAUUUUUCUGCCUCCCUAAGUCUCUCUCGAUGAAUGUGCUCUUGGAAAAUGGUGUGAAGCUCUACAUAUUACAGGAGUAUGUUAAGUAGCUGAGAUGAAUGAUAUGUCACGGACGUGCGACGAAUACGGGUUGAUCUUUGUGAAUAUUGAACGAUCGAAGACGGAGGGUGGGCUAAAUUUGACUUCGUAUCCUGAGAUUCCUUUCGAUGGCGGUAAAGUCUCCGCUUUGCGAGGAGCUUUUCUGCGAAUAUCGAGUGUAGAUGAUGAAUCUAGAGGAACAUAUCGUGUGUGGGUGGUUUGGUUAAGGGAUCUUUAUCGCUCGUCUGUAUAUGACUAUAUGGUGUUGAUGUCCCUGGGUCUCCCAGAGGAUGAAAAUCAACAAGGACCUUAUGUGGCAGUCCGAGGCGGGUAUAAGUGAUCGGGAUAUGUGCGUGUUAUGGAUGGAGCCUCAGGUGUCUAUGGGCGGGGAAACGGCUGGAUGGACUUACUGGUAGCAUUGGUAGGGCGAUGAAUACGGGAUAAGUCGGGCUAUAUAUUGGCUGUAGGCGGAUCGUGUAGGCGGAUCUAUAAAUGAAAGUCGCAUUUCAGAUCUGCUUUCUUUCAGUGGCGUUUGUAAAAUGGCGCAUAGACGGUCCGCCAUGGCGUUUAUCCUCGUGAGCGAAUUGUUCAUAGACGCUAGGUGACUUGCUCAGUUAACUAUGUACAACUAUGUACUAUGUACUCAUUUAGGUGACAUAAUAUUUAGACCCUUGCUAUGUACUUGACAUAAUAUUUAGAGCCUUGCUAUGUACAAUGUACUCAGCUAGGUGAUGUUAUGUACAGCUAGGUGAUGUUAUGUACAGCUAGGUGACGUCAUGUACUAUGUACUCAGCUAUGUACUCAUCUAGGUGACGUUAUUUACUAUGUACUCAGCUAGGUGACAUUAUACUUAGAGCCUCGCUCAGUAAACAAUUAUUCAGUUAUACUAUGUACUAUGUACUCAGUAGAACUACCUACUAUAUGUACUAUAUGUACUCAGUAGAACUCCCUACUCAGCCUUGCUCAGUAAACUAUGUAUGUACUCAGCUAUGUAUUAAGUCUUGCUCAUAAACUACUUGCUACGUCCUCAGUAAACUAUGUAUGUACUCAGCUAUAUACUAUACUCAGCCUUGCGCAGUAAACUAUGUAUGUACUCAGCUAUGUGCUCAGCGUUGCUCGGUAAACUAUGGAUGUACGUAGCUAGGUGAUCGAGUAUUUAGUAAACUAAACCGUGUUCAAUUCACGUAGGUAUGCGUGCUACUCGUUAGGAUGCUAAUGCAAUGAUCUUCGUGUCAAGCCCGAGAUUCAGGGUACAGCACUUGCUUGAGCGUUUGCUCUUCGCCAGCUCGCGGUGUCUGGUUCCGAUAGUUGUUCCUCCUUGCAAUCGUUGUGACGCGGCCCUUGGUCUGUUGUAGACUCGUUGUCGGUCUUCCUUACUUUUCCCUACGGCGGAGAAGGGAGCAAGCGGUGAAGGUUGUCCUUCGUAUGCAAGACUUGGCUAGUGGUGGUCACUAUAGUCUGGGUAGGUAUCUUGUGUGUGCGGAAUGGGAGGAGAGAACGACUGUACAUGUAAUUCCUGUGUGUAGGUUUUUGAUUGACGUAGUCGGUUCGGAUUUCUAGCUACAGUCUUCCCCUGAAUACAACACACGGUCAUUAUAGCUGAAUUUGGUCUAUGUUUCAGUCUAAAUUCAGCUAUAAUGACCGUGCGUUGUAUCCGGGUGAUGACUGAGUUUUUGUGAUUAGUUGAUAUUUAUGGUCGCGAUUCCGUCGUUCGUGGUUCCGUUGGUCAUGGGCAGAAGCCAGUGGCCUUGUUGGCGUCUAUCGUCUUCACCCGGAUACAACUUGCGGUCAUUCUGUAUUUGGGGUGACUUUGAGUCUACAUACAGAACAUUUUAACGUACGUUGUAUUCGGGUAAAGAUGGUAGAGGCGGAGGGCUAAUCUGACCGUAGAGGUGUGCUACACCACAGAACAUGAGGAAUGUGGAUUGUUGUGGAACUGAGUACACUUCGAAGUAGGGGUGAGGAAGGGGACUGGGUAUCCAUCCAGACUCUCUGCAGUUGGUCGAUGAUUAUCGGCACGUGUAUGUCGCGAGUGUGUCACUUAAUGCGUACCUAUUAUUUCGCGUCUACGCUGACCACAUGAUUACGAUGACUGCAUCUAGCCAGGAAUGCGGCUCAUGCGUUCAUGCCGACUGGGAGUUGUAUCCGGAGGAUCAAGAUGGGUGUUGAGUAGUUGAUAUCUGCAUCUAGCCAGGAAUGCGGCUCAUAUACAAUC